UGCUGAGGAAUCUGCAGGCCUGGCAGAGGACAGGAGGGAGGCUUGGGGAGCCUGGGAAGGGCUGGCUGACAGCUCGAUGGGCCCUCCCUCCCUCCACAGUCCCACCCCCAGCCUGGGGCCUCUGGGAGCCUUGGUCCUGAGCAGCCAACACACCAGCCCAGACAGCUGAAAGUCACCAUGGACGCUGAAGGCCUGGCGCUGCUGCUGCCGCCCGUCACCCUGGCAGCCCUGGUGGACAGCUGGCUCCGAGAGGACUGCCCAGGGCUCAACUACGCAGCCUUGGUCAGCGGGGCAGGCCCCUCGCAGGCGGUGCUGUGGGCCAAAUCCCCUGGGGUACUGGCAGGGCAGCCUUUCUUCGAUGCCAUAUUUACCCAACUCAACUGCCAAGUCUCCUGGUUCCUCCCCGAGGGAUCGAAGCUGGUGCCAGUGGCCAGAGUGGCCGAGGUCCGGGGCCCUGCCCACCGCCUGCUGCUGGGGGAACGGGUGGCCCUCAACACGCUGGCUCGCUGCAGUGGCAUUGCCAGUGCUGCCGCCGCUGCAGUGGAGGCCGCCAGGGGGGCCGGCUGGACUGGGCACGUGGCCGGCACGAGGAAGACCACGCCAGGCUUCCGGCUGGUGGAGAAGUAUGGGCUCCUGGUGGGCGGGGCCGCCUCGCACCGCUACGACCUGGGAGGGCUGGUGAUGGUGAAGGAUAACCACGUGGUGGCCGCCGGUGGCGUGGAGAAGCAGGCGGUGCGGGCGGCCCGGCAGGCGGCUGACUUCGCUCUGAAGGUGGAAGUGGAAUGCAGCAGCCUGCAGGAGGCCGUGCGGGCGGCUGAGGCGGGUGCCGACCUUGUCCUGCUGGACAACUUCAAGCCAGAGGAGCUGCACCCCACGGCCACCAUGCUGAAGGCCCAGUUCCCGAGUGUGGCUGUGGAAGCCAGUGGGGGCAUCACCCUGGACAACCUCCCCCAGUUCUGCGGGCCGCACAUAGACGUCAUCUCCAUGGGGAUGCUGACCCAGGCGGCCCCAGCCCUUGAUUUCUCCCUCAAGCUGUUUGCCAAAGAGGCGGCUCCAGUGCCCAAAAUCCACUGGUCCUAAACCGGAAGAGGAUGACACCGGCCAUGGGUUAACGUGGCUCCUCAGGACCCUCCGGGUCACACAUCUUUAGGGUCAGUGGCCAAUGGGGCACACUUGGCAUUAGCUUGAGCCCAACUCUGGCUCUGCCACCUGCUGCUCCUGUGACCUGUCAGGGCUGACUUCACCUCUGCUCAUCUCAGUUUCCUAAUCUGCAAAAUGGGUCUAAUAAAGGAUCAGCCACAUGGGGUUCUGCGGUGAUAAUGAGCACAUAGUGAGGGGUCAGCAAAUGUCAGAAGUUACCUGGGACAGCUGGGCACGAUGGCUCACACCUGUAAUCCCAGCACUUUGGGAGGCUGAGGCGGGAAGAUCACUUGAGGUCAGGAGUUCAAGACCAGCCUGGCCAACAUGGUGAAACCCCAUCUCUACCAAAAAUAGAAGAAUUAGCUGGGUGUGGUGGCAUGCGCCUGUAAUCCCAGCUACUUAGGAGGCUGAGGCAGGAGAAUCGCUUGAACCCAGAAAGUGGAGGUUGCAGUGAGCUGAUGGUGCCACUGCACUCCAGCCUGGGUGAUAGAGCGAGACUCUUGUCUCCAAAGAAGAAAGAAAGGAAAGAAAGAGAGAGGGAGGGAGGGAGGGAGGGAAAGGAAGGAUGGAAAGAAAGGAAGAAAGGCAGGCAAAAGCCCCAGACAGGCCAAAACCUUCAUCCUUCAUGCACCCAACCUGUAUCAAACACCAGCAUGGCCUAGCUCUGAGUGCACAGCAGAUGGAGGUUUGCUGGGCAGAGACACUGGGCUGUCCUGGACACUGCCUUUGGUGAUACCCUAAACAAAAGGGGCCAGUCCCACAGUAAGAAGGAGACCACUACUACUCCUGCUGCCCUCCUCCCCCACCUUGCCUAGUUUACAAGACAGGAGGAAAGAGAGAAAGCAAAAAGUUAGAAAACAAAACAAAACAGAAGUAAGAUAAAUAGCCAGAAGACCUUGGCGCCACCAUCCGGCCCUGGUAGUUAAGAAAAAGUAACAAUAAUAAUAUCAACCCCUGACCUAAACUACUUGUGUUAUCUGUAAAUUCCAGACAUUGUAUGAAAAAGCAUUGCAAAACUUUCUGCUCUGUUAGCUGAUGCAUGUAGCCCCAGUCACGUUCCCCAUGCUUGCUCGAAAUAUCAUGACCCUUUCACGUGGACCCCUUAGAGUUGUAAGCCUUUAAAAAGGCCAAGAAUUUCUUUUUCAGGGAUCUCAGCUAUUAAGACGCAAGUCUGCCAAUGCUCCUGGCCGAAUAAACCUCUUCCUUCUUUAA